AGCAACGUUCCUAUAGGGUUGCACAAUUCCCACAGAGUCCCCAAGUUCUGUAAAAACAAAAAGCCAUGACUUCUCUCCCUCAAUCCCUCCAAACCUUACCCAUGACCCUCUUCUUCAUCAUCCCUUUCCUCUUUUUAUUAGGCCUCAUUUCUCGUCUCCGACGAAGACCCUAUCCACCGGGACCUAAGGGCCUUCCCAUCAUAGGCAACAUGUUCCUGAUGGACCAGCUAACUCACCGUGGCCUUGCCAAACUUGCUGAAAAGUACGGCGGCCUGUUCCACCUUCGGAUGGGGUUCCUCCACAUGGUGGCCGUUUCCAACCCGGAGAUGGCGCGCCAGGUGCUACAAGUUCAAGAUAAUAUCUUCUCAAACAGGCCAGCUACCAUAGCCAUCAGCUACCUUACUUAUGAUAGAGCGGAUAUGGCUUUUGCACACUACGGUCCCUUUUGGAGACAGAUGCGGAAGAUAUGUGUAAUGAAGCUUUUCAGCAGGAAACGGGCCGAGUCAUGGAAAUCUGUAAGAGACGAAGUUGUUACCAUGGUUAAAUCCACCGCAGCCAACUCUGGCAAAGCCAUAAAUGUCGGUGAGUUGAUCUUUAACCUCACAAAAAACAUCAUUUACCGUGCGGCCUUCGGCUCCAACUCCCAGGAAGGCCAAGAUGAGUUCAUCAAGAUCUUGCAGGAAUUCUCCAAACUUUUUGGUGCUUUCAAUAUUGCUGAUUUUAUUCCUUAUCUCGGCUGGGCUGAUCCACAAGGCCUCAACAACCGGCUGACCGCCGCUCGCCAGUCACUGGACGGGUUCAUUGACACCAUCAUCGAGGAACAUGUUCAGAAGAGGAACAAAAUUAAUGGUCCUGGUUCUGAUGAUGGUGACACAGAUAUGGUGGAUGAUUUACUAGCCUUUUAUAGCGAAGAAGCCAAAGUAAAUGAAUCAGCCGAUCUACAGAACUCAAUCAAACUGACCAAAGAUAACAUUAAAGCUAUUAUCAUGGAUGUGAUGUUUGGGGGAACGGAAACGGUGGCGUCAGCAAUAGAGUGGGCCUUGGCGGAGCUGAUGAGAAGCCCAGAGGACCUGAAGAAGGUCCAGCAAGAACUGGCCAACGUGGUGGGCCUAGAUCGCCUCGUGGAGGAGUCCGAUUUCGAAAAACUGACGUUCUUCAAGUGUACAAUCAAGGAAACCCUCAGGCUCCACCCGCCAAUCCCGCUGCUCCUCCACGAGACGGCGGAGGACGCCGAGGUGGGAGGCUACUACAUUCCAGCCAGGUCGCGCGUGAUGAUCAACGCAUGGGCGAUUGGCAGGGACAAGAACUCCUGGGAGGAUCCCGACACCUUCAAACCGUCGAGGUUCUUGAGAGACGGCGUGCCGGAUUUCAAAGGCAGCAACUUCGAGUUCAUUCCGUUCGGGUCGGGUCGGAGGUCAUGCCCCGGUAUGCAACUGGGACUGUACGCGCUUGAUUUGGCCGUAGCUCACCUGCUUCAUUGUUUCACGUGGGAGUUGCCGGACGGAAUGAAACCGACCGAACUCGACAUGAAUGACGUGUUCGGACUCACCGCGCCGAGGGCGAAUCGACUCAUGGCGAUUCCCAGAAAACGCCUGAUUUGUCCCCUGUUUUGAGGCAACGGUAAUAUUUGUGGAAGAGGCAACGGUAAUAACUGAAGACGAAAGAAUUCAGAUUCUCUUUUGUUGUGGAUAAAAAUUUCGUUUAAAAUUUGUCUACUUAUUUUAUAUCUCUUCUUUUUUUUUUUUCUUUUUAUACCAUACUGAAUAAAGAUUCAAGAAAAUUGUGAAAAAAUACAUUGUAAUUGUUUGGAUUAAGAAAAGAAUGGAAAACAA